CCUCAGCCCGCUCACUCUCUCAAGGCUGACUUUCUGCUACAAGUCUUCUUGAAUUGCGUAGAGAGACCGUGUCAAUCCUUCUGACACUCAUCAUCCUCAAGUCCUUGCUUCAGUAGGGUCAACCGUGCCUUCGGCUGUGGUAUGAGCAAAAUCCCGCCUGGCUUGCUCUACCUCACAAUAUAUAACCCAAGUCUUCGACCCACGUCGCUCACCUCGCCAGACGAUGAGGAUGCCGAAGAGCAAGCUCAGAUUCUGUUCUACACUGCUCGGGAACGGGCCGUUUCCCGCGACCGAAUGCUCAGACAAGUCGGGCUUGCAAAGGCCCUAGUCAAUUUCUCAGACAUGUUCAACGCGGAGAUGUCAUGCGAGAGUGUGCACUCGCAGACUCGACGCAUGAUCACGAUUGAGCCUGAGCCUGACUAUUGGAUACAUGCAUGCAUAGAACUUGCCAAAACUCCUCGGUCCGUACCAUCUAAACGGAAAGGCAAGGAAAAAGGCAAAUCGAAGAACGAUGGGUCUCCUGCUCUAGAGCAAGUAUAUGAAUGUCAUGAUUCCUCCGUGCAUGACGUGUCGAUCCGCUCCCAUAUCAUGCGUGGCUACGAAGACUUCAAGUUGAUCCAUGGCUCCUUCACCUCCAUCCUAUCCAACAUAGGUCAGCAGGCGUUAGAGCUACAACUCGAGCGAUUCUUCACUAUCUGGGCAUGGAAAUGGGACAUCGAGCAGCAUACCAGUUUCGCCGCCGACCUCGGAACCCCUCUUCAUCCUCUGGCGCCCUCCCUCGUACCUCUCGUCGAUGAUCUCGCAAAUGCCCUCCCGGAUGAUACAUUUGUGUUCGCACUUGAACCUCCGUAUGUCGUACCUUCGACGGUCCUUACUUCGCACAGCCUCCUCUCCUCGUCCCUUGUCCGCCAUGUUAUCUCGCGCAUACCUCCACCUGUGGCACCACAAUUCGCAGCCCUGUCGGACCUUCCUCCUGAACAGAGCGGCACAAAAGAGGUAGUACCCGUGCCUGCGAGUGUCACCUCCCCCGGCCUUGACCCGAGUACUGUUGCCCAAGUCACGCAAAAGUCUGUCGAGUCAGCUGCGAUGUCCAGCUUCGUGGCCAUGGCGAAUGUGACUCGCGCGAUGGAUCCGCGUCAGCUGAAAUGGGGAUGGCUGUCGUUCGGGAAAGGAGGAGGGGCAAGACCGACAGACAUGCCCGAUUCGCCAGCAGAGCGUCAGUCGCGCGAAACUGCAGUCGCAGAAGAGUCGGGUGCUGACGAUUAUGGCAAAUGGAAAGCGGACACAGAACAUCUGGACGUUCCGGGUCAGCGUACGCCCGUAGAUGUAGAUCGCGAAUCACUGCAGGAGGCUCUCUCGAUCCCACACCUAUCACCAAAUCUGUCCUCCACUUCCAUUCCUGGGUCACCAGCAGACGAAGAGGGCAAACCUGAAGGAGACGCCCCCCAAUCUCAGACAGAAGUUGAGGAGCCAGACUUGACGACUCUCGACGACCAGUCGAACGUACGGGGGGAUCUGGUAGAAUUUCCUCCACACCCUGUCCCGCAAGGCCCUGUCGAACUUGACCUACCCGAGUCGUCGACCCCUGAUAUGGCCUUGGAGUUUCCACCGGCAUGUCCUUUGCCAAGCUUGCAGCCAGCUACUAUCCAUCUAGCCGACUCAUCCGAUCCCCUCGCUACAUGCAGACGACGCAUUUGGCAAACGACGAGCAAUGGACUGACUGUCGCCUUCAUAACUGACUACGAGCGUCAUGAACCAUCAGAUCUCGUGCCGCAAACCAUGACCAUGGUUGAUUCUCUACGGAAAGAGUUGGGCAUUCAGCAAUCCAAAGCGGCUAGUGAGAAGCCGAUGCCAUCAGCAACGAAUAUCCUGCAGCCGCAAAGCACCCAUGUCCUGGCCGUGAACGGAUACACCGUGUCCUCAAGUCGUCCUGUGCCUAAUAAUCCCGAACAACUGUAUCAUGCGAAGCAGGUGUUCCAGUCCGAUAACGAUGUGUCCGAGGUAUUCUCGCGGGGACAGAACCCUCAACAUUGGCACGUCGCGAAACGACGACUAGAGAUUACCGAUCAGCCUGACCAAGCCCAAGUCUAUAUGGAGAUUGCACGGAAGGAGAACACUCUGACAGAUGUCGACAACGAGGUAGCAGCGAUUGUUCGCGAAUUCGCUGAACAAGACGAUGGGUGGAGUUUGUUGACAAAGUCUUAGUUUAUUGAGUGCAUUGUAUGUAUGUUGUAACAAGUAAUUGUAAGAUGUGUCCUAUGCCCUUACAACCCCCACCUCUGGAGGA